AUGAGACCUUCAGAGUUCACAUCUGACACCAACAUCAUUGCUCUUGUGACCUUGACCAAAGAUACAUAUAUUAAAGGAGGGUAUAAAUUGGGCUGUCAAUUGCAGUUCACCUCAGUCAAUCAACAUGAAGCUGACAGGAAUCUCUCAUCCAUAUCACAGUGUGGUGAUUGUGUUGAGAAGCAAAGUCCUCUUCAAGGAAUAAGAGUUUUGGAUCUUACUCGUGUCUUAGCUGGUCCAUUCUGCACAAUGCUGCUGGGAGACCUUGGGGCUGAGAUAAUAAAAAUUGAGCAUCCUAAGAAGGGAGAUGAUACACGUCAUUGGGGUCCCCCAUUCAUAGGGAAAGAAUCUUGCUAUUUUCUCUCCAUUAAUCGAAACAAGAAAAGUGUGACAGUCAACAUAAAAAGUCCUGAGGGGUUAAGAUUGAUUGAAUCACUGACUGAAAAGUCUGAUGUCCUUAUUGAAAACUUCAUUCCAGGGAAGUUGAAUGCACUUGGACUAGGUUAUGACAAGCUUUCUACCCUAAAUGAGCAGUUGAUAUACUGUUCGAUCACUGGUUUCGGUUCUACAGGACCAUAUUCUCAGAGAGGAGGGUAUGAUAUAAUUGCUGCAUCAAUUGCAGGACUUCUCCACAUUACAGGACCACCUGAUGGAGCACCCUGUAAAGUUGGUGUUGCCAUGACAGAUCUGACAACUGGACUAUACAUGUAUGGGGCAAUUAUAGCCGCACUCCUACAACGUCAAUUGACAGGGAAAGGCCAGAAAAUCGAAGCAAAUUUACUGGCAUCACAAAUUUCUUGCCUUGCGAAUCUAGCUUCAAAUUAUCUCAAUGCAGGAAUUUCUGCAAAGAGGUGGGGAACAGCCCAUGAAAGUCUUGUUCCGUAUCAGGCAUUUUUGACUUGUUCAGGAAUGUAUUUGACAGUUGGGGCUGGGAAUGACAAUCAGUUCAAGUCUCUCUGUGAUCGCCUAGGGAUUCCUCAUCUAGUGGACUUAGAAGAGUUCAAGACCAAUUCUUUGAGAGUUAAAAACAGGCAGAAACUUAUAGAAAUUCUUGAGCAAAAAUUCCUUGAAAGAACAGCUGCAGAGUGGCUUGAGGUCUUUGAAGGAUGUGGUUUCCCAUAUGGACCAGUCAAUAGUGUAGCAGAAGCAUUCAAAGAUCCACAAGUUGAACAUUUAGAUCUGGUAAAAUCAAUAAAGCAUACCAGUUCAGGUGAUGUAAAAUUGGUGGGUCCAGCAGUGCGCUUCAGUGGCUCUCGGUGUGAAAUUCACACGCCCCCUCCUACUUUGGGGCAACACACCAGGCAGGUAUUGAACAUGAUCCUGGGAAUCUCUGAUCAAAAGAUUGAUGAAUUUGAAAGGAAGGGUAUAAAAAAAUCUCUACAUCUGACUCUGAAGCAACCAAAGGUCCAGACAAAAAAGAAGGUGGAAUGGACAACUGACACAGUUGACAAUGAGCACAUGGGAAAGAAGAGUUCCAAGUGUUGCUGUGUGUAUGUGAAGCCAAGAGCAUUUGAUGACAGUGACACAGAAGAUGAGGAUGAUUGUGUCCACUGCAGAGGCCAUGUGGAAGUGAAAAAAAAGCAUGACAUACAAAAAAGUGGAGACAAAGAUGGUGAUCCAGUAGGGAAAGGAGAGAGAAAUGGACAUCACCGUGACCACAAUGGCAUGGCCGAGAUACUGCACGAAACCUUUGAUUCCGUCUUAGCCAGCCAAUCCGAUGACGUACCGGAUAUGACAGAUGGCACCAAGGCGUGCAUCGAGGAUAUUGUGACCAUCGAGGAUGAGAUCUCAAUUUAUGGGGAAUUGAGUCACUUCGACUUCAUGCUUCACAAGACAGGACCUGAGGCAGGAAAGCCACGUGGAUUUUGCUUUGCAUCAUAUGCAACUCCAGAAGAAGCUUCAAAAGCAAAGCAGCAACUCAAUGGGACAUUUCUCAUGGGAAGGCGAAUUAUGGUCGACUGGGCUAACGAGAAAAGUCAGGGAAAGUCCUCAGGACUCCAAGCUGCAUUGGAUAUUCCAGCCCUGGCUGGUGUUAAACGUAGCUCAAGGCCCAGCCAUCAAGCUCAGAUAGCUGCUCUGGAAGCAAAGUUGGAAGCACUGAAGAAGACUCCUCUUGAAUUCAAUGUGAUGGGUUCUUCAUCCAGGACUCUGAAAACCAAAUUGACAGAUGCAAGGAAGAAUACUCAUCGUGGAAUGCCAUACAUGAGGAAGUGAUGGCUUUAUUUCUUUAGCACCAUGCAAUAUUGAUGAGCUUUAAUUUUUUUUGUGUUCUUGUUCAUGGCCUGACAUUCUUCAUGAAUGGAAUACUUGAAAAUUGUGUAUACCAAC